UACUGGUGUUUCAGCCGUAUCUGAGCGUCCGGGUUACACCGUGUUCAUCUGCUCCACUAUGCACUACAGCACUGCACGCCUCAGCACUCUUCUCCUCUUCAUCUCUUUAUGUGAAGUGCACUCAGAGUAUGACUAUGACUACGGCUUAGCAGAGAGUAAAUCCUGCAGCCUGUCUGAAUCCAUCAGUGGAGGCACGGUGGAGUUUUCCAGCGGCGGAUCUGUCGGCAGCCGCUUGAUUUACCACUGCGCUGAAGGAUUUCAGCCUUAUCCAAUCGGUCAGAGAGUCUGCAGCUCCAACGGUGAAUGGGAGCCUAAGGUAUCCAGGGUCAAAUGUGAAGAAAGCAGUGAUUAUGGAGAUUAUGAGGACCAGCAGAAGAACUGCUCUUUGGAAGUGUCCAUUAAAGAUGGUCGCGUGUCCUACUCCAAUGAGGGGAUUGAGGGAAGCGUGUUGACGUACCACUGCGAGACCGGACACUACCCUUUCCCUACAGCACAGAGAGUCUGUGGCAGAGACGGCCAAUGGUCAGCCAUGAGACUGUCAUCUGGGAAGAAAACGCUCAGUGCUGUGUGCAAGGAGAUCCUCUGCCCUGCUCAGAUUCAGCUUGAUAACGGGCAGUUCUGGCCCAGGAGGCAGUGGCUCAGGGUUGGAGAAAAGCAGACCUUUUCAUGCCAUGAAGGGUUUGUUCUGACUGGAUCUGCUGAAAGGAACUGCACUCAUUAUGGUGGAUGGACGGGAACAACACCAGUGUGUGACGAUCAGUCGGAGGACUGCAGAGAUCCAGGAAUCCCUCCAGGAGCUAAACGCUUUGGGCAUCAUUUCCGCAUUGGAGAUAAAGUGCGGUACCUAUGUCAGUCAGACCUGGAUAUUCUGGGCUCUCCUGAAAGAUGGUGUUUGGAUUCAAGGGAAUGGAGUGGUGCAGAACCCCGCUGCUACGCCCAGUACUCAUUUGAUCAGCCGGCUAUAGUUGCUCAGGCGUUAGGAGGAUCUCUGAGCGCAGCCUUAGAUGUGUCCCUCCCCGACUUCAAAAAGAAAGGGCAGUCUUUGGGUAGGACUAUAAAGGUUGAAGAAGGUCGCCUGAAUGUCUUCAUCCUGAUGGACACCUCAGGAAGCAUUUCACAGGACACUUUCCAGGCAGCAAAGAAAGCCAUUAUUGAACUCGUCCGUAAGCUGGACAGCUAUGAAGUCAACAUGAAGUUCGACAUCGUCUCAUAUGCCAGUGAGCCCAGAGAAAUCGUAUCCAUUACGAGCUUUAACAGUCAUGAUGUGGAUUUUGUAUUGAGGAAACUAAGCGAGUUUAGUGAUGAAGUGCACGAGAACAGGAGAGGCACCGAUCUGUCUAAAGCCCUAGAGAGGGUGUACGGUCAGCUGGCUUUGCUCCGCGAGAACAAAAAGAGUCAUUUCAAUGAGACUCAGAACAUCCUCAUCAUAGCAACUGACGGACACUCCAAUAUGGGACCCAACCCACAAAUCAUGCUGAAUAAAAUCCGGAGCUUGCUCGGCUACAAACCCAGCAGUGUAGACCACACACAAGAGGAGCUCCUGGAUGUGUACGUGUUUGCUGUGGGGAAAGACGUGAACAGAAAAGACCUGACGAGCUUUGCCUCCUCAAAGAAAGGCGAGAAGCAUGUGUUUGUGCUGCAGGACUACCAGCAGCUCGGAUACGUGUUCAACCAAAUGAUCAGUGAUUCUGCCGUGACCAAGUGUGGAAUAGCUCAGGAGGAGCAGAGCAGCGCUGAUGACGUCUCCUACACCAAACCCUGGCACGUAGACCUCCUCUGGGGAACUAAAACAUGCCGAGGGUCAAUCGUGAGUGAGAGUAUGGUGCUGACGGCAGCUCACUGCUUAAUAAAGGCCAGCGGAGUCAAAGCCACGCCGGCGGACAUCAAAAUCACCCACGGUGCUGGAGAAGUUAAAGCCGUGGAGCUGAUCGUUCAUUCGCAGUUCAACGUGUCAGGGCUGAAGGACAAGGAUGUGAAGGAGUUUUAUGAUUACGACAUCGCUCUGAUCAGGAUGAAGGAAAACAUCACAAUAUCUCGACAGACAAGGCCCAUUUGUUUGCCUUGUACAAAAUCCUCGAAUCGGGCUCUGAGAAUGGCUGCGGGCUCUACAUGUGAUCAGCACGAGAGAGUCCUGCUCCACCUGGAGGAGACGCCGGCUCACUUCAUCUCACAGGGAACACAUCGAGCAGACACACACGUACACAGCGGCGCUAAAAGAGAGAAAUGCACAGAGAAAGCCAGAUCCGUCCUGCAGGAGAACAGCAGAGCCACGCUGACGGACAUCAUCACUGAGCGCUUCAUGUGCACUGGAGGAUCAGACAGGAACACACACCACAUCACCUGCAAAGGGGAUUCAGGAGGAGCGCUGUUUCUGCGCAGGAGGAUGCGACACUUUCAGGUGGCAGUGAUCAGCUGGGGCUCCAAGCAGACGUGUGACUCUCGGACUGAACACAGAGAAGCUGUUCAGGACGCCAGUGACUUCCACACCAGUGUGUUCACUCUGAUGCCAUGGCUGAAACUACACCUUCAGCAGCAGAUCAGCUUUAUUGAUUAACAUCAAUACACACACACACACACACACACACACACCUGCAUCACCUGUGCUCCAGAAACACUGUCAGAUUAAAGAGAAUACAUAACAAUAAAACAAGUUUAAGACCGCAUGUAUGAGAGCUUGGUUCAUAAUCAUUUGAUAAACGGCUUUUAGGAGUGCCACUGUUGCUGGAUUUCCGUUAUACCACAGGGCCGCUGAAUACUUGAUUCUGAUUGGCUGAUGAGCACUCUCAGGUGUUUGGUUAUUCUCAGAUAAGCACACUUAAAGGUUUUGAGCAAUUACGGAUCGUUGCCACACACACACACACGCACGCACGCACACACACACACACACACACACACACACACACACACACACACCAUGAAGCUUUGAAACACUUUUAUUAUAAGCAUUUAAGAAAUAAAAUCACAUGCUCACAUUUAAAACGACCUCUCAGGGUCAGACUGGGGGACUGAACAACACAUUCAGUGUGAAUAACAGACCACAUGACACUUGAUCAUCUUCAUAGCAGCGCAGCACCACGACGCCUGACGGUCCUGCAGUGGGGUGUGUUUAGGCUCCACCCACAGGCAAUGACUGACAGUCCUGCAUUAGGAUAGUCUCCGCAUUCAGUGGGUUAUGUUUAGGCUCCACCCACAGAAAAUUAUUGUCAGUCCUUCAUUAGCAUAGUCCACGCCCUCAGUGGGUUGUGUUUAGGCUCCACCCACAGAAAAUUAUUGUCAGUCCUUCAUUAGCAUAGUCCACGCCCUCAGUGGGUUGUGUUUAGGCUCCACCCACAGAAAUAAUUAGGUGCGUUCGACUUCAUGCAGCGCUGUGCAAAUCAAUAGAAAUCUGUCUAAAAGCGGUGCACGCUGGUAAGAAAUGAUUGACGCUGCGCCGACGCCACGUGACGGUCACAUGUGGCUUCAAAGUACCGCGACAGCGCUCCGAGAUCAGAUGACUGAUUCAGCUGGUGCAGCAUUUGAAGAGCGACUGCUGGAGUUGCGAUGAUGACACUGAUAUUACACGAGUUCACCGCAUGACAACAACCACGUGUGUUCGGGUUUAUUAUUGGACAAUAUCAGUCUCACAAAUUUCAGUCUUACAGACUUGUUUAAUUAAUAAUAAAAUAAAUAUCAUCAUUGACCCUGACACCCCUAUAAAGGUUUCUUAACAAAUGAAGUAAACAAAAUAUUUUAUUAAAUAUAAAAAUAGAAAUUAAAAUAAAAUACUUCUUUCCAGUCUAGCCGUUUAUGCUGAAGUUUGACAUUGAUGUACCUGCUCUUGCUGGGAAACUUCUACUUAAAGUGUAGCUCAUUUAUUUUGGUCCUUUUGUUCAAUCUUUUUGGACUAAAGUGCUUUUUAAAAAUGCUUUCAUUAUCCAAAAUAACCCUAUUCAUGGAUAUGCAUUUCCUUCUUAUGUGCCCUCUCGUUUUCCCCUUAUUUCUCAUGCGUUUGUUGUACAGUAUGCUACUUCAAUUAAUUUAUAAUUCCUGUAUUAUUUAAAAAUGAACUAUAGUCUGUGGAGACUGUAUUCUGAUUUAUCUGUACUGUAAAUCUUUUGUUGUUAUUGCAAUAAAUAAAUAAAU